AUGAGUAAAUAUUCUCAUCUUCUUACCAUUGGAAGAUCUAAAGUUCUCUCUAUCUUAAAUAACAAAUGGGUUCAUGAAAGUUGUCUAAUUAGAUCAUACCACCCUCAACCACCAUUCGCCACCCUCAACCACCACCAUCUUCACAACAGUUGUAGUAGGGUUAGUACUGUUUCACACUAUUACCAUAAUCACCACCACCAUUCUCAACUAUCCACUAUCCAUACGUUAGAACUCCCAAAACAUGAGGGUGAUUCCCCACUCGACUACCAAGUGACCGUGAAAGAUAGAGACAUCAUUUCUGCUUCUUGUGCACCUCUGCACGAAUACUGGCUUCCCCAAUCCAACCUAGACCUACUCCUACCGCCACUUGAGGCCGGAGUUUUCUUUUGCUACAAGAAAAAGGACGACACUGUUAUGUCACCUGGAACUGUUGUGAAGACCAUCAAGAAAUCUUUGGGCAGGGUGUUAUCGACAUUUUAUCCGCUCGCCGGAGAGAUUGUGUCGAACAGCCAAGGUGAGCCGGAGGUGCUGUGUAACAACUGUGGGGUCGAAUUUGUACAUGCCCAUGCUGAUGUGGAACUGAAAACCCUAGAUCUGCACCACCCAGAUGAGAACGUGAGCGGGAAGUUGGUCCCUAAGAUAAAUCGUGGUGUGCUCGCGGUGCAGGUGACCGAGUUGAAAUGUGGAGCGAUAAUAGUAUCGUGUGCUUUUGAUCAUCGUGUUGCUGAUGGUUACUCUUUGAACAUGUUCUUAGUUGCAUGGGCUGAGUUUUCCCAAUUUAAACAAAUUUCCAUCACUCCAUCGUUCCGCCGUUCAAUCCUCGACCCACGACGCCCACCUCGUUAUAACGCAAUCUUUGAUAACAUGUAUCUUCCCUUAUCAUCACUCCCUCCACCACAUCCCUGUGAACACCAGCUUCAUAGUCGGAUCUACUAUAUUAAAAAAGAAUCACUUAAUCGUCUUCAAUCUGAAGCCAACUCAAAAGAAACAAGAAUAAGCAAAUUCCAGUCUUUAACCGCAUUUAUAUGGAAAUUAUUAGCUCACCAAGCCGACAAUGAUGUGAAUCGAACAUCUAGAAUGGGUGUUGUCGUUAGUGGACGACGGUUCCUGACUGGAAAUAGUGAGAAAGAAUCAUCCAUGUUAGAAAACCACUUUGGAAAUAUACUAUCUAUCCCAUAUGGCGAAAUGAACAAUUGUUGUCUGCAAAUGAUGCCACUUAAUGAAGUUGCAGACAAAGUUCAUAGCUUUGUGACAAAAGCAACAACAGAAGAACAUUUUAGGGGAUUGGUUGAUUGGGUGGAGUUGCACCGCCCUGAACCAGCAGUUGCCAAGAUAUAUUUUAAGCUACACGAGACUGAUGGGGAGGCCAUAGUUGCGUCAUCUGGACAAGGUUUACCAAUUAAAGAUAUGAACUUUGGAUGGGGGAAGCCAGAGUUUGGGUCGUAUCAUUUCCCUUGGGGUGGUCAAACUGGAUAUAUAAUUACGAUGCCGAGUGCCUCGAAGAAUGGAGAUUGGGUUGUUUACAUGCAUCUCAAACAAAAGCACUUGGAUUUGAUCGAAAUGAACACACCCCACAUUUUCAACCCCUUGACAUACGAUUAUUUAAGUUUUCAUUAAUGUUUAUUCAAAGAUUGUAUACAUGUUCUAUAUGUUUCCUGCUAUUUUUCUUAAUUUCUUUCCUUUACUUGUAGUUUAAAGUAUGUAGUGUUUUAAGAUGUGUGAUCAACUUAAUGUAGAUUGUUCCAUGGAUGGUUUUAAUGUAA